UACGUACACACACAACAGUUAUGUUUUGUUUUCAAUGUUCAUAGUAAAGUUUUCGUAAAUCCACGUAAAAUACCGUUAUUUAUAAACAAUUUUAGACACGGAAGCAUAAAUUAAUAAUGGAAAUUAUUAAUGAACAAAUGUCUUGUGAAAUGUGCCUAAAAAAUGUGGAUUCUGUGAUGAAUAGCGCUACAUUCAGUCAUAGAAACAAUAUUAUUAUUAGUAGCAUGUUUGAUGUUUUUCGACUUCCUACGAAUUGUUCGGUGCCUUCAUCUUUAUGUCAUCAGUGUUUAGACCAGCUGCAUUCUGCUUACGAGUUCUACCAACGUUUACUAGUUCCGGUCGUGCAAACUUCAGCGAUCCCCGAAAGCUCCCCCAGUAUCUCUGACCAACACAUCCAGAAAGUCAUCAACCGAUGCGAAAUUUGUAGUCUAAACUUCGAGAAUGAUCAAUUACUAGAAAGUCAUCGCAAAAUGGUUCACGCCAAACUCAUAAAACAGCACUUCUCUUGUCAGCUUUGCAACAAAAUGUUUAAAACAAAUCGAGGAUUGGAACAGCAUUCAAUAUAUUGCUGCUCAACUGAUAGUCAAUCGUUUCAUUGUGAACAAUGCUUAAGGGAUUUCAAAACCCGGACUAAUUACAUUAAACAUCUUGCGUAUCACAUUGAUUUUCUAUGCAAAUUCUGCAAUCAUGGCUUGUUCAAUGAGAAAAAAUUGUUGCAACAUGUAAAGGCUACUCACACCGAUCGAUUGUUCCAAUGUAAACGUUGCUCUCAGACAGAGCCUCUUAGAAAAACCUUAAAUAGGCAUCUAAGGACAGCGCACAACAUGCAACGGAAUGAAUUUUAUUGCGGCCAUUGCACGAGUGGACCGACAUACUACGAUAUUGCAGUAUUGAAUGAUCAUUUGCAAGAGGUACACAAAAGUCUAGAAGAAGGCGAUGGAGACUACGUGGAACUUUUGAACGAAUCUUUCUUCACCAAAGAUAUAGCUUUGGAACUGGAAAUGGAUCAAUCAAGACAAGAUGAAACCAAAGAAGAUUUUUUGAAGCAGUUCAACUUGGUACGUUCCAGAAAUUCCGAAAACUCUAAAACAAAUACCGUGAAUCCCAACAAGAUGAUCCUUGAGGAAUUUUUGGAUGAAGCAUUCGAAAAUGAUCAAGUCUGGGCAAAAUACAUUGAAGGCGGUGAAGAGUACCUCAUCGACAAUUACGACUUCUAUUUAGAAGGUCCUACUAUGACCAAAACCUCCUUCAAAUACAAAUGCCCGCAGUGCGACACAGGUUUUAUGAAACAAGCAAUCCUGACAAUCCAUUUGGCUGAGAAACACGGUGUUGCGUGCUUGGUGUGCAACGACUGCGGUGCCAAUUUUCACAAAUUGAAAGAAUACAGGAAUCAUCGCCAGGAGCAUCUCAAGGACAAUGCCAGAUUUGUGGAGAACAUCAUACCUGAAGCGGAAGAAGCGCUGUCGUUGGUACAACAGGAGGAAAAAGGGUACACGGUUUGCGAAAAAGGAGCAACUUAUGUGUUCACCUGUAAACUGUGUAACCGCACGUUUUCAAAGAAAUGUAACCUUGAAAAACAUAAGUGUUUGUCCUACGGCGAUGUAGCAAAUGUGUCUGGAAAUCCUUCUGCUUCAAAAUUCAACUCAACGUCCUGUGGAGAUCCCGCACUACCGGAAAGUUUAUUUUGUACUCUAUGUGAUAAGAAGUUCACAUCGAUAUCGGGUUUAAAAUAUCACCUCAAGCGACACACCGAUAUCAAGGCCUUUGUUUGUAUGUACUGUGGUAAAAAGUUUACUGCCAACUCGAAUCUAAACGCGCAUAUUCGCAACAAGCAUAGCGAAAACAAGAGUCACCCGUGUCCGGAAUGUGAUUCAAUCUUCGCUUGCAAGGAUCAUCUGUCCAAGCAUGUUCGCUCGAAGCAUCGCCAGGAACGAGCGUUCCGGUGUCCGGAAUGUGACAAAAGCUACUUUCAAAAAUCCCACCUCAAUGACCAUGUGGCUGCGUCGCAUAUGGAGUACAAGGCUUUCGUAUGUGAUGUUUGCAACACUUCGUACAGCUGCCGAGGCUCGUUGAGGCGGCAUCUUGCUAAAAGUCAUAAAAGCUAGUUAGACUUAACAUGUGUGAUGUUUGAUAUUAUGUCUAUCAAGUAUUACAUAUUUCUUGUUGUUAGCUUACAA